GUUCUUCGUGAUCGUGCCACGUCAGAGCUGCAAAACCACUAUCAGCGUCCUGCUGCUGUUUCUAUUUAUACUGUCCUAUACUGUGUUCAUUUUCUGUUUCCACCAUGCUCCUCCUGGGACUGAGCUGCUUGCUGCUGCAUGUGUUUGUGGUGUUUGGGACUGAGCUCACGUUUGAGCUCCCUGACAACGAUAAACAAUGUUUCUACGAGGAACUGGAGAAGGACGUAAAGUUUGACAUGGACUUCCAAGUGAUUUCAGGAGGAAACUAUGAUGUGGACUGCUUCGUCACCGAUCCUCAAAGCAAUGUCUUGUAUAAUGAGAAGAAGAAGCAGUAUGACAGCUUCUCUCACACCACAAAUAUGAAGGGCGUCUACAAGGUCUGCUUUAGCAAUGAGUUCUCCACUUUUACACAUAAAACGGUGUACCUGGACUUCAGACAUGGAGAUGAGGAACCUCUUCUGCAGAGCAUGACUGGUAACACUGCACUGACUCAGCUGGAGUCGUCUUGUGUGUCCAUUCAUGAGAUCUUGAAGGUGGUGGCUGACUCGCAGACAUGGUACAGGCUGAGAGAAGCUCAUGACCGCACAAAAGCAGAGCAUCUCCUCGAGAGGGUGACUUUCUGGUCCGUUGGAGAAACCGUCCUGCUGUUUGUCAUCGGCAUCGGUCAAGUCAUGUUGCUCAGGAGCUUCUUCACUGAGAAGAAAGGCUCUGUGGCAGCCACCACUUAGAGCUUGUAGUCUUGAUGCGCCCUCAGAAAGUCAAGGUAGCAACUCGUCAAUGUGAACACCCAAGUGAGAUUAGUACGCAUCUUGUAGUAUUUUCAGCCGGCCCUUUGUCAGAGGGAUAGUUCAGGAAGUUUUUUUAUAUUUCCUGCUUAGCCAGUGUCAGACAAUCAUGUGACUGCCUUUUUCCUUGUCUGUGUUGUUUUGUUUGUAACAAGCUGUACUGAUAAGAAACAACACUCAUACUUGUAUUGAAAAUUGAGACUGACAUGUUUCAACCUCGCAAAAACUUGAUUAUUUAUUAUAUUUUUUAUAGAAAUACAAUUAUGAAGCAGGUUUAGUUAGGUCUAUCUGUUAAUGAUAAUGAUGCAUUGCUGUACAGUAGCACUGUUGUGGAUUUUCAUCUGGAUACUCAGCAAUUACAUAGAAAAUGGUGUUGUUUCUGAAUGUCAGUUUUAUUUGUUUUAUAGUGUGUAUUAUGUUUAUUACCUUAAUUUAUGUGCAAAAAGUUGCUGUUAUGAGUUGUAAGAGCUGUGUCUCCCUCAUGUCCUUGUGUGUCUCACAAAAAGUGCCUUAAGAAAUCUUUUUUUUUUUCAUUUCCUACUAAGUUGAAAAUGUAAUGUUUAAAUUAGUUUGCUACAUGCCUCCCUUUUUUACUGAUUGAUUGGAUUGUCACGUUUAGGUAUAAUUAUGAGCCAGUUUUAUUUCGUAGUAAGUGGUAUGUACAAUGGAUAUGAUUAAUUGACCAAGUAUCAUGACUUUUAUUUUCACAAAGAAAGUUAUGUUUUUCAGUCCUCUUUGUUUAUCCGUCUGUUAAAACUGUCAACAGACCAGUAAAAUUAGGUUGAAAGUUGUUUAUGGUCAAAAGACAAAUCCAGUUUCUUAAUGAUGCCAAAUUAUGAUCUGUAUUUUGAUUAUUUUUGGGCACUAUGUGUAUUGGGGUGUCAAUUCAGAUCAAAGGUUACAUAAAAAUGUAAUUUUUUCCAUAGUGGACAUUAUUAUUAAAAAAACACAUUUAAAUAAUUGUCUAAAUAA